GCACAGGACUCCAAGGCUUCUGCGUCUACAACGCAUGCGGCGGCGGAACAGGAUCAGGUUCCGUUCCAGAUUUUGCCAACUCGGUGGCACUCGGUGGUUUCGACGCCAGGAACCUGGACAUCGAGCGACCCACGUACACCAACCUAAACCGCCUCAUCGCUCAGAUCAUUUCAAGCUUGACCGCAUCGCUGCGCUUCGAUGGCGCCUUGAACGCUUACCAUGAGCAGCUGUCCGUGGCGGAGAUCACCAUGUCCGUUUUCGAGCCGGCAUCAAUGAUGGUGAAGUGCGACCCACGCCACUUGGCAGGUGGUGACGUCGUUCCGAAGGAUGUGAACGCGGCAGUGGCUACCAUCAAGACCAAGCGCACCAUCCAGUUUGUGGACUGGUGCCCCACCGGCUUCAAGUGCGGCAUCAACUACCAGCCGCCGACCGUGGUGCCCGGUGGUGAUUUGGCCAAGGUCAUGC